AAGAUUUCGUCUCUUUUUUCCCUGAUCCAAUGACGGAGUGUGUUGCAAUUUUCAAAUUUGCAUUAUGGUCUUUCCCGAACUGUCGUUGUUUCUAGAUACUGCCUACGUUUGUAGUUAGCUUUACCCAGUCUGCUAGUUUAUCGCUGUCCGCUAGCUCAGAUUAUCCGGUCCUUAGGUGGCUGAUAUGGAGACUACUGGGGCAGAGAGGACUAAAGGUGGCAUUGAACUUGGCCUAUCCGUCCUUCAGAGGCAAUUGUCGCCCAGUACGCCUCUCGUAUCACCAGACUCAUUUUACAACCCCUCUUUUCAUAGAAUUACUGAUGAAACUUUAGCAUGCGUGUCAACAGUUCUUGAGGAUACCAUGGAUCCGUCCUUAAUUGCAAAUGAGAUGGGGCCCACUGCUAAUGUUUAUGAUGCACAGAUGAAAAAAACUACAAAUGAAGAUACGGUCAUUUCUGGAUGCAGAAGUCAAAUGAAGACAAACAGUUUGCUUUGUAUACCAGAGGAGAACAGUCAUGCAGAGGAUUUCAGCAUGUCCUUUAUUUCUUCCCAGAAUAACACUGAAGAAUUAACCCAAACCGAUUUAAAAGGAGAUCCACAUGACCCCAGCUCACCUUUGCCAGAGUCUAGUAUUUGCAACGAGAAAUGUUACAUGAGAGUGGAGUCUAACAGUACUUUUGAUUUGGUUAAAGAGGGGUCUAUGGGAUCAAAUUCUACUAAAGCUCUCAACUGUAAAGGGGUCGAGACAAACAUUACUUUUGAGAAGUCCCAAGAACUUAAAGAAAGGUAUUCUUCUGAUCCUAAUUCUACCGUUUCCACUAAUAAUGACAGUCUGCAAGGAGAAAGGGAAAAGCAUUUAAAUUCCAUUGAUAUUUAUUGCCCUUCAAAUGUUACUACAGAACAGCACAAUGAAAAACUUGACAGCACUGUAGAUAUUAUCCAUUCAAGUGUUUGUAAACAAGAACAGUGUAAUGAAGGACUUACUUCUGUUGAGGACUGUGAGAAACAUGGCACUUUUACAAAGGAGGUUAAUGUGAGCAUUGACGUAACUGGUGUUGUCGAAAAAAAUGGCAUUGCAUCUCAUGUGUCCACUGAACUGGGUGAGCCAUGUAAUGUUCAUGCACCUGACAGGGCUUUUAAUAAACAUAAUACAAUGGCUGAUCUCACACAUCCAAGUCCUCUUCCCACCUUAAAGAAUUCCAAUAUCAAUACCACAGAGGAUGUGUUGAAAACUUCCAAUAUAGAAUUACCACCACAGUCCAGUGUUGAUGUUGCCACAACUGUAGGCGAUGCUCUUCUGUCUGGGCCUUCGGAUACUAUCAGCACAGCAGCUGUUCCUACAGUAAAUGUUGAAGUGGCAGUUUGCUGUAAUAGGACCCUGGACCUUCCUGGAGCUGAAAAUAAAGGAGAGGACCAACAGGGACACUUCCAAAGAAGAACUGGUGUUUCUGACGGUGAGUGUCAUCUCAACCUGAACAUCAGCCAAAGUAGCUGUUUUUCUUUGGAUGAUACACUUGACAUAAAAUCACACGCCCUUGUUACAUCCACCCCUAUUGUUCUGGGUAGGGGCUUUUACAGACUGGGAAGUGCAAAGCUCACAAAUAUGCAAAAAGCGCACUCUGUGAUCAACAGUAUUGACACACAGUCAACCAAUGACCUGGUUGGCAUAAGUGAUUGUGAUGGACUUGACAAAUCAGAGACCAGUCCAUCAUCCAUGAAGUCUGACACCCAAAAGGUUUCAGCAAAAUGCUCAUCUAUCUCUAAGUCAGCAGCUGUGAACAAACCUCCCUCAAAGCUUUCUGUUAGAAGAAAAAUUCCUCAACCUGCUUUUAAAUGCAAUAUUCCCAAAACCCAGAUUCCUGUGAAAUCUCAGACCUCACAGGGAACAUCAGUGCUGGUAAAUUUAAAGGGUGUUCCAGCAACACAAGCUCUUAAUCAGCCAGAGACCUCCAUAUCUUCCCUGCAUAGCUUGAGGAGGACAGUUGAGCUUAAUAAAAGAAAAAACUUUGGACCAGCCAAAACCACCACGAAAACUGCCACAGCACGGCCCCAGCUAUCUGUGAUGACCUCCUCUAGUAGAUGUAGUGGGUUUACUGCAGAUUCAAAGCCUUCAAACAGUAGCAUGACGAAGCCUAAACUAUCCAGCUUGCUGCCCACUGGCCAAAGAAGACUGGGUCUUAAGCCACCUGGUAGUGCUUCUUUCUCAGUGGAGGCAGGUCAUUCUCAGACCAAUUCUAAACCAUCAGUUUUAACAGGUAUAAGGACAAGGAGUUCACUGCUUCCGGGAUUUGCCCAAAAGCAAGCAAGCAGUGGUGACUUGCCAUUGGCAAAAAGGAAAAAAAAUGAUAUGCUGGAACAGCCAACCUGUCCUGAAGCUCCAGUAGGCUCAAAGCCAGGUGACGAUGCUCAGAGAAUAAUUGCAGCUUCCAAAGACAACCGAAUAAAAGGGCCCAGCACCGGCUGUGAAAAUUGUGUGCUAAUUCAAGAAAGACUAUGCAUGUUCCACCAACAACUUGGGGAAUUUCUCCAGGAACUUAGAAGAUUUCCAGCAGAUUGUGAAAAGUGGCUGCCAUUUCAGCAAAAUUUUGAGGUGUGUUUAGAGGAGUUUAGGAGAUUGCAAGCAGCACAUCAGUGAAGAAGAGGGACUUGUUUCACUGCGAGACCUUUUUUGUAUAUAAAGGUUGAGUAUUCAUGAAAUAUAGCAGUUUGUUUUCUAUAAUUUGUCAUUAUUAUUAUUAUUAUUAUUAUUAUUAUUAUUAAUAGUUCUUGUUAAUCAGCAAAAGGAAAGAUUAAAAAGAUGAGUCUUUUUUUUGGCCUAUCCAGAUUAAAUGUAAUUAAACUGUAUAGUCAAUUACAUGUGCUUUUUUAAAAAUUUAUUAUUAUUAUUUUUUUUUGCAAUUUGUUGUCCUUGACUAAUUUUUGCAGUAACAUACCAUACACCAUGGCAAAGGUUGCUUUACCUCUGAAGUAUUCAACACUGUAUGUUGUCACCAGUUAUGCAAACUUAAACAUGAAAAAGGACAGUAAGUAGUUAUAUCAUAAGACUGUGGAUUUCCAGAGAGCCUUGUAUUAAACAUUUAAAGUAGAAGAAAUGGCACCCUCUAUUUGAACUUACCACUGAGUUGUAUAACUUGUAUGUACUCUUAUCUGAUUUUAGUGUGAGGCUUGUUGACAGCAGCCUUAGGAGUAGGGGCAUGCUCUUACUAUGAGUUUUAACUAAAUAUGAAGUUUAACAUUUUUGGAUGUUCCUGUAAAAAGAAAAAAUGGUAUUUAAGCUCUCAUUCUGCUCAUGCUUUAUAAAUUCAGCUGUAUUUGAUAACCAUGUCAAGUGAAAGUAGUAAAAAGGUGUAUUUCUUAUGCCAUUGAAAAUGACUUAAGACCUUUUGCAAAAGGUUCUCAUUAUUUUUCAUUCUGAUUCAGGUUUUUUGUGUUUAUUGAUUUCACAUGAAUUAAAGGUACAAUAAUUUUU